GUAGUUUUAAGGCUACUACACACAUGCCGGCGGCAAUGCCGCCGGGUUCAUGCCGAGCGGCUGUGCCGCCGGCAAUACAAGUCGCCGACACAAGCCGCACAAAGCCGCCAAGCAUCAUUCCGGUUGUGACAGUCACAUAGAACGCUAGUGAAGUGAUUUUUUUUGGUAGGUUGGUUACAAUGAAUACGGAAAUCAUCAGUACUGCCGCCGCAGUUGUCAUUUAUAUUUUAAUAAGAAAAAAAUACAAAAGAAAAAAGACGAGAAGGUUUUGGGUGCGCCCAAGUUUACAAAAUAGAAAAUGGCAGAACGGUACUGUAAUGAUGGAAGAGUAUAAAAAAGAUGAUGUGGGAUGUCAACGUUUGCGCAAUAGUAUGUUCUUUGGGUUUCUGAGAAUGACAUAUGAAGAUUUUGAAUUUUUGUUAGCGAGUACUGAAGAGUACAUUAGCAAAAAAAAUACUGGCUGGAGAAAGCCUAUACCCGCUAAAGAGAGGUUGGCAGUAACGUUGCGGUUUUUAGCUACAGGAGAAAGUUAUUUCAGCCUUGGAGAACGGUUUAAAAUUUCACCACAACUUCUUUCCUCACUGAUUCCCGAAGUUUGUCAAGCAAUAAUAUCAAAACUUCAAAUUAAGAUGCCAACCACAGAAGAAGAAUGGCUUUCGGUGUCACGUUUGUUUUUCAAGAAAUGGAAUGUUCCCAAUUGUUGUGGAUCCAUUGACGGGAAACACAUACGUAUACAGUGCCCCAAUAAUAGUGGCUCAGAGUUUUUCAAUUAUAAAUCGUUUUUCAGUAUUGUGUUGUUGGCAUUAGUCGAUGCUAAUUAUAAUUUUUUAUACGUCGAUAUUGGUUGUCAAGGAAGAGUUUCGGAUGGGGGUGUUUUUAGAAAUAGCUCGCUUUACGAAGCAUUGCGAAAUGAAUCUAUAAAUCUACCGACACCAAGACCUUUACCUGGACGGACUAUGAAUGUACCAUUUUAUUUCCUUGGUGAUGAUGCUUUUCCGAUUUCUCCUAACUUAAUGAAACCAUUUCCUGGACAACAUGAACGAGGAUCUCCGAAAAGAAUAUGCAAUUACAGAUUUUGUAGGGGAAGGAGAGUCGUGGAAAAUGCUUUUGGCAUAUUAUCGGAAAAAUUCAGAAUAUUUCAUACAAUAGCUAAUUUACAGCCAGAGAAAAUGACAAUUGUAGUAAUGGCUUGUGUAUGCCUGCACAAUUUUAUCCGAAGAAAUGACGUUGAUGUUGAGGAUAAUAUGAUAACGAUACCGGCACCAAAUAUUGAAAUAAAUCGAAAUUUGGAACCUUCUAUGGUCAGGAAUGAGUUGAUGAACUAUUUUCUUUCAGAGCAAGGACAACUUCCAUGGCAACAUUACAUUUCAUAA